AUGCUCCGCAACUCAUUCUAUACCCACGGUCGUUAUGCAACCUCUGGUUCGCCAUCUGCUUCGCGACACAUGCUCCAAGCCUUGACGAGAUCGCGAUGCCUAUCACGGCCUUCGGCCUCUUCAAUUCGAACCUUUGCCUCCAACUCGGGCAAGAGACCGAGAUUCUCUCAGCGCCUUGGUGAGGCCAUGCGCAACACCAAAAUCCAAUGGUACCAGAUCCCUGUCGGUCUAGGUAUUGGAUUCCUCGGUCUCGUCCAAUUUUAUAAGGUCUCUUCUCGUGAGAAGGAGAGACAUGAGAUGGAAGAUGGACAAGAGGGUAAUAGGACGCCAAAAAAGCGUGCCAGAAUUCGUCCUGAUGGUCCCUGGCAAGUCCAGGUCAUGUCAACUCUGCCCCUAAAAGCCAUUUCUAGACUUUGGGGUCGAUUCAAUGAGUUGACUAUUCCUUACUAUCUUCGAGUUCCUGGUUUUAAGCUGUAUUCCUGGAUCUUUGGUGUCAAUCUUGACGAAGUCGCCGAACCCGAUCUCCAUGUUUAUCCUAACCUCGCAUCCUUUUUCUACCGUACUCUCAAGCCUGGUGCUCGGCCGCUCGACCAAGAUCCUCAUACUCUCGUUUGCCCCUCCGAUGGCAAGGUCCUCCAAUACGGUCAGAUCCAAGGCGGUGACAUCGAGCAAGUCAAGGGUAUGACUUACAGCAUCGACGCUCUCCUUGGAAAGAACACACCUCCUGCAAGCAUUUCAGGUACUUCGGGCACUUCUACACCUGCGACUAGCCUAGCUUCCACCGACGUAUCGGACGAGGAAGCCCUUAUCAAGCAGGAUGCGGAAUUCGCUCAGGUCAAUGGCAUCUCAUACACUCUUCCCGAUCUCCUUUCCGGUACUGGAAAACGUGGUCCUUCAGUGAAGGAUGAGUCCAUGCCCGCAUCUCCCGGUACAGUUUCUGAAGUUAGCGCUGAACUCGCUUUGGGUGAGCGACCUUGGUACGAUGUUGUGUCACCAGAUAAGACUACAGCCCUCUACUACGCAGUUAUCUAUCUGGCUCCUGGCGACUACCACCGUUUCCACUCUCCCACCAAUUGGGUCGUCAACCGCCGUCGCCACUUCGCUGGAGAGCUUUACAGUGUAUCUCCAUAUCUGCAACGAACCCUACCUGGUCUUUUUACUCUCAACGAGCGUGUAGUGCUUUUGGGUCGCUGGCGUUGGGGAUUCUUCAGCUAUGUGCCGGUCGGUGCAACCAACGUUGGUUCUAUCGUCGUCAACUUUGAUAAGGAACUGCGUACCAACAGCCUAUUAACCGACACGGCAGCGGAUCGGGCAGCUGAGGAGGCGGCCAGCAGGGGUGAAGUAUAUCAAGGAUUUGCCGAAGCAACAUACGAGGCGGCCAGCCCUAUUCUGAGAGGCCAUGCACUUCGACGCGGUGAGGAGAUGGGUGGCUUCCAGCUGGGUAGUACUAUCGUACUCGUAUUUGAGGCACCUGCACACAAAGUGGGUGACAACAACGAGCACAUCGGUUGGGACUGGGCGGUGGAGAAGGGGCAGCAGGUUAAGAUGGGACAAGCUCUAGGAAGGGUGAUUGAGUAA